CCGGGUUAAGGGUCAAGGCAGCCCUCUUCCCGUUGGCCAUGGUGCAGCUGCGGCCGCGUUCGUCGCGUGUCCCCGCGCCGGCGGAGGCGAUGGUGGACGAGGACCAGCUCGGCCCGGAGGAGGAGGAGGAGGCGGAGCAUGGCCUGCUCCUCGGGCAGCCCAGUAGCGGCGCGGCCGCCGAGCCGCUGGACGAGGACGACGACGACGACGCCCCGGAGGAGCUGACUUUCGCCUGCGCUCAGGCGGAAGCGCGGGAGGAGGAGCUGCGCGUGCGUGAGAGUGUCCGCAGGGAUAAAACGCUGCUGAAGGAGAAGAGGAAGCGGCGCGAGGAGCUGUUCAUCGAGCAGAAGAAAAGAAAGUUGCUGCCAGAUGCUGUUUUAGAGCAACUAACUACAGCUUCAGAAGCCGACAUAAAGAAAUCACAAGAAAACGUGAAAGUUCAUUUGAAAAAGGAAAGCGAACACAUUGCAAAAGGAAGAAAUUCCAAGAAAGUUAAAAUACAAGAAGUUCACUCUGCCAGUCAGAAUAAAAGCUACUUGGCUGUAAGGCUAAAAGAUCAAGAACUGAGAGACUCAAGGCAAGAAGCAGCCAAACACUUCAUCCAUAAUUGCUUAUAUGGUUCAGAAUCAAAGAGGACUACUGUAAACAAGUUCCUGUCACUGAACAACAAGAGGCUACCAGUGAAAAAGGCUGCAGCCCAGUUUCUCAAUAGUACAUGGGGUGCUCAGAAACAACAAAAUGCCAGGAGGUUUAAAAAACGGUGGAUGGCUAGAAAGAUGAAAAAGAAAACUUACAAGUGAAUUGACGUAAAGCUCAAUGAAGAACCUGUACUUUGUAUUUUUAGAAUUUAAGGGUAUUUGGGGUGAAGAAGAUUGAUGUCUUAAAAUGUAGCCAUCCGCAAAUCAUUGUAAAGGACCAUUAUAAAAACCAUAAACGUUUUUGUCUGGGAAAGUAA